AUACACUGCCACUCCCAGCCCCCCGAGGCUCUGACUGCAGCCAACACAUCCGGCCUCUCAUCGUGGCUCCCCUAUGCGUUUUUAUCUCAGCUUCAGCCUCAGCCUGUCAGAGGAACGGGAUCAUGACCAACAGUGACUUCAGCCAGGAGGAGAAUGUCAGCAGGCACAGCCUCACCUGGGAGGUCGACCUCAUCAACAGGGACCCCAAGCAAAUCAAUGAGGAUGCGGUCAAGGUGAACUUUGAAGAUGUGAUCGCGGAGCCUGUCGGCGUGCACAGCGUGGACGGUGUGUGGAAAGCCAGCUACACCACCUUCACAGUGUCAAAGUACUGUUGUUAUCGCUGCCUGACGGCCAUCUUGGGCAUCCCUCUGUCACUGAUCUGGGGCCUCCUGUUCGCUUGUCUGUCAUUCUGCCACAUCUGGGCUGUUGUGCCCUGCGUUAAGAGCUGUGUGAUCGAGUCCCAGUGUCUGAGUCGAAUCUACUCGCUGGUCAUACACACCUUCAUUGGCCCGUUCUUUGAGGCAUGGGGGAAGAUGUACAGCGGCGUGAAGGUGGUUCUUCGCAAGGAGACAUAAGUGCUUUAUUCCAGCAUGAAGACUAAGUACUGAACAUUUCUCUUCAAAAAAAAAAAAA